AUGAAAGCGAAUGACCCACAGCGACUUCCAGAAGCGGCCGGCUACCAAGCUACCGCCCUUACUUGGUUAUUAUUCCCAAUUGUUGGGAUCUCUCCACGAAAAGAUAAGAUCCUGCAUUCUGCAACAGAGUUCAAAUUUGAUGUCGAGUUUGCUCUGACGGAAUUGAAGAACAAUUUGAAGCGUGCGAUUGUGUCUAUUAUAGGAGUGCGUCACCCACAAUUUCUAGUGCCAGUCACCGAAGACCAAGAAAUAAAAACAUGCAGUGAGCAAAGAUUAUUCAAGAAACACAAGCUUUAUGAAGAAUAUAGAAAGGCUUUGUAUCAAAUACAGAAUGAACGAAAGUUUGACACUAAGGACGUCAAUGUGGUUGUUCAUGGGUUUGAAGGAGAAACUAACAGUCUAUUUCAUGAUACAUGCAGAUUCGACCGUUCAUUGUGUUCGAAAGACAUGAAACAUCUGAGCACCAACAGUAACAAGCUCCUAGCCAUAGCUUACUGGAACUCUUUUUUGGAACCUGUCGGAAGAAAAAGUACCAAAUCCGACAUAACGAGUUUUAAAACAAAGCUGAGAUGUCCUAGUAAGAUCAUCAUCGCUUUUGUCAACGAUGAUUCUGUGGCCGUAUUUGUAUCGUUGCGAAGAACUAUCAUUAACUGGGAUCACUUCGCCUCGCUAGCCGGCUUUUGGGAAGAUUCCGCAUUGGACGACAUCAACGAAGAAUAUGACCUGUUCGUUGAACACCUUCACAACUGCACGAAGAAGGCCGAGAGUUUUAAAACCACCACUGUCUCUGUUGAGACAGAAGCGGUCAUGGAAGCCUUGGACAACCAAGGCGUCCCUACUCUGUACAUAAAGCUGAAUCUGCAAAAUACGAUGUUCAUGUGUAACGGGUCUCGGAUGCCCACGCUCAACGGAACGAACAUAUCCGAAUGCACCAGCUACGUUUAUCUGGGUCGGGAAUUGACCAUGAUGAACGAUCUGACCCCACGAGCUAGACAGGAGGAGAAGAGCGGCUUGGGGAGUGUACAAGAGCAUCGAGGAUGUAGUGAAGAAGACCAGGAACACCCAGAUCCGUGCUCACCUCUUCAACAUCAUUUUACUUAUUGCUUUGACCUAUGCUUCGGAAACCUGGCCAUUUCGCAAGCAGGAAGAAAACGCGGUUCGAAGAUUAGACACGCUGCCGUGUCUGCCAUUGAAAGUAAAAUAAGGUGGGCCGGACACGUGAUGCGCUUUGAUGACAACCGUUGGACUAGAGCCGUGAGCGACUGGAUACCGCACUACAUCAAGCGCAGCCGAUGGUCAGAUUUCUUCACGAAGUCCUUCAAAGAAAAUUAUGAUGCUCUUCGUGUCCCGCGCAAAGAAAGAACGACUGGGCGACUUUGGCACGCAAUCGGGACAAAUGAUGUAGAAGAACUUACUGGCACCCGCUCGAUCAGUUUAAAGAUCAACGGGAGUCAAGGUGAUAAAGAGGAUGGGAACCUUUCUCCAUAUAACAGUGCAGGUUACAUAGCUCAAACAGCUUCUGCUGCAAAAUCAAUUGGAGGAAAAUUAGAAUGUGCACGAGAGGUAAUGAAACCAUCAACAUAUGUCCCGGCUGAUGCGAAUCACGUCCGACCAGGAGACAUCAAAAUUAUCGCCGGAAUGGGUGACUCGUAUAUGGCGGCGUUUGCAUGCAUGUUUCCACUUUCUGAGGAAAUCAUGCUACCAACUCGAGGCGAACCAAGAAGGAAAUAG